UGAAGCGCUUAUUUUCAAGGCUGUAGGAGGAACCCGAGAAAAUCCAGGCAGUGAAAGAAGACAUCUACUCACUCACCACACAACCACGCAAGCCCGCAUUUCUCCGUAACACACUUAUUUUGAAAACCACUUGUUGUGCGGGCGAAGCGGGGAGAAGCGGAGGCGAAGCCUCUUGGAGCGGCGGAGGAGGGCGGAGCUCCCGCAGACGGACGGAGGAGAUCAGGGCUGCCCGACCGGAGCUGUCUGGACCUUAUGUGGGAGAGUUUGGUCACGACUAUGUGAAACAGGUAAUAUCUUUCACCUAGCGGAGUCAGACAUGGCUGAAAUUAACGAUGUUACCUUCGCGGGGCCGGACCUCGACCGCACGGUGACGGCGGCCGCUCCCCCGCCGGCCCCCCUCGCCAACGAGGACUACCUGUUCGUGGAGAGCGGGCACCCCUGCACCGUCCUGCAGGGCCUGAACAGCCUGCGGCUCAACAACGCCUUCUGCGACGUGACCCUGUGCUGCGGGGGGCAGGAGUUCCCCUGCCACCGCAUCGUGCUGGCCUCCUUCAGCUCCUACUUCCAGGCGAUGUUUUCCACUGACCUGAUAGAAUCAAAGCAAGAGCGCGUUGCCAUCAACGGUGUUGAGCCUCAGAUGGUUGGCAUGCUGGUGAGCUAUGCGUACACAUCCGAAGUCUACAUCUCUGAAGCCAACGUUCAGGGCCUGCUGGCAGCGGCUAAUCUGCUGGACGUGAUGGCCGUUCGAGAGGCCUGCUGCCGCUUCAUGGAGCGUCAGAUGGAUGAGAUGAACUGUGUGGGGAUUCACUGCUUCGCCGAGGCGCAUUCCUGCAAGGAGCUGGAGCGACGCAGCAUGGACUACAUCCUUGAGCAUUUCAGCGUCGUGUGUCACCAGGAGGAGUUCCUUUGCCUCUGUGUGGACAAACUUACAGAAAUCAUUGCGAGUGACCUCGUCAACGUGCCCAAAGAAGAGAUGGUGUUUGAAGCCGCCAUGUUGUGGCUGAAUAAAUGUCCGACUCGCAAGCAGAGCUUUGAAAAGGUCCUGGAGCACAUCCGCCUGCCUCUCAUCAGCCCUUACUACCUGCACGACGUGAUCGAGUCCAUGGACGUGGUGACGGAGAACCAGGCCUGCCAGAGGCUCAUCUCCGAGGCCAAGGACUACCUGCUGCUGAAGGACCGCAGAGGAGAGCUGUACUGCCCCAGAGCGAGGCCCCGCAGGUCCACAGGGACAGCUGAAGUGAUAGUGACGGUGGGCGGAGAGGACGACAAGGUGGUGCUGCGGAGCGUGGAGAGCUUCGAUCCCGUGACCAGCCAGUGGAAGAAUCUGGCCUGUCUGCCCUUCGCCGUGAGCAAGCACGGCCUAGUGGUGUCAGAUUCGACGAUGUAUUUGGCCGGAGGGGAGUUUCCUGAUGGCUCAGCCAGCAGAGAGAUGUGGCGCUAUGACCCCUGUUUCGAUUCCUGGCUGGAGAUGGCUCCCAUGAACGUAGCUCGCUCCGAGUUGGGCCUGGUGAUGCUGGACGGAUUUGUGUACGCAGUCGGAGGCUGGGAAGGACGCUCUCGUCUCGACUUGGUGGAGUGCUACAACCCUCACACCAACUCCUGGGAGUUUACACAGUCCGUGAAGAUGGCGGUCACAAGUCCUGCUGUGGUGGCCCUGGAUGGCCUGCUCUAUGUGACUGGUGGAGCAGUUUUGGAAGAUGGUGACGGCACAGACAUUGCACAAGUAUACAACCCUAAAACCUCAAAGUGGACGGAGAUCGCGCCCAUGCAGAUCGCUCGCUCCGGUUCAGCUGCUUGUACGCUCAAAGGAAAGAUCUAUGUUAUAGGUGGAUGGCACGCUUCGAUAGAGAACACCGAUAAGGUGGAGUGUUACAAUCCCAAAACCAACAAGUGGACGAUGUGCGCGCCCAUGAAAGAGAGACGCUACAGGCCCGGUGCUGCGGUGGUGGACGGCAAAAUCUAUGUGUUGGGAGGAGAGGAGGGCUGGGACAGGUAUCACGACACCAUCGAGAGAUACUGUGAUGAGACGGACACGUGGGAGAUAGUCGGGGAGAUGCCCACCAGCCGCAGCUGGCUCAGCUGCGUGUCGCUGCAGCUCAGGAAGGACAUCUUCAUGAGCAGCUGCUGCCCCGACACCAUCGACAACUAAAGGGCGCCACGAAACGGGGGCAGUUCUCAUUUCCUGUGCUCGUUCGCGCCCUCUUUCGCGACAGUGCGCCGUGGAGGCCAGCGGCCCGAAAGGCGACGUCCGGGCAGGCACUCGACGCGCGGGGCCGUCCGGGCCGCUACCGAUGAAUAAAUGUAAUCAGUUCUUAUGCGCGACGACUGGCGGGAUAAGUCUCACCGACUUGAGUUCCUCCCUGUGAUGUGGCGGCGAAAGAAGCGUCCUCGAUGUAUGUGAGCCCCAGUUACUGUGAUCCGCGACUCCGUCAGCUGUUGCGACUCGUUCUGUACAAUGUGAACAUGUUUAGAGUAUCGUCUUUGUGUUCAGGCACAUCGAGCUGACGAUGCUGGCAGCCAGUGCGGUGUAUUUUUAUAUUGUCAUGUGAUGUAUUUAUUGGGGGUUGGUGAGCUGUGAAGAUUUUUGAAUAAACGCAACUGAUUUUGUGGUAUUGAAAUGGCCCAAAGUAUUGAGCCCUUAAUAUUUUGCAGAAGGUUAUCCGUGAGGGGGAAAAAAUGUGUUUGAGCCGUGUUUUGUAAUUAAUAUUUGUAAGUUCAAACAACCGUCUUUACUACCUGUAAUAUGUGGAGUUUAUUUUUGUAAUGUUGUGUGCGUCAUGCAUUUUAAGUGAAUUCAGGUGGAGAUGACUUGUAAUAAAGAAGUUCAAUUAUCAA